UUUCCAAAAAAUCGUAUCUAUCGUAUAUAUUGAGAAGAAAAUGGACGAACGCAAUUAUUAUUAUUAUUUAUUACCACUGUAGUCAAUGUAGGAAAGUCGGUUCAAAAGUAAUAUAUUAGAUAAUUCACCCGAGUCGUACAAUCAAACGUCGCCGGAGAGUGUAAUGUGUGCGAAUGUGUCUUAGAGCCGAGGAUAUAACGUUUAUAUAGUACUUUUUAUUUGUUUUUGUUGUGAUUGCGAACGAACCGCCGAAGAAAGUAUAGAUACAUUAUUAUUGUAGUUUAGUGAUAAUAGUGUUUUUGUAUUGUUGUUGAAUAAAUAAUAAUACAUUUCCCGUCGUAAUAACACACGAACCGAAGAAUACGUUAAUAAUAUUACGUGCAAUUAAUAUUUGAUCGUAACAACAAUGGAAACAAGUUAAAUAAUAUCCAUUGUCGAGUUCGUUCACAUGGAUCCGUUCAAUUUGUCGCGUUAUGCCAAUCUCACCAUUCAGAGGGUACAACAACCCCCCGAGGAGAAACCGCCUCCUCCGUAUAGUGAAAACGAAAAAGAAAUGAGUGACAACAAAACGGACAACGAUGGUGAAGAGGAGGAGGAGGAGGAGGAAGAAGAUCAAGAAGAAGAUGAAGCAACGAACAAAAUCGCUACCGAGUUACCUGAGGUAGAGGAUAAACACGAUGAUCUGGUCGAUCCAGUGAUGCCCGGCAUAGAAACGGAUACCGACACAGAAUCCAAUGCCACCAACGAAGUUACUACGACUCAGGUCGAGGAGACCGUUGAAGUCAAACAAGAAAUCCAAGAUCCCGAACACAACUCUGAAAGCGAUGGUGAAAAUCAAGAUCAAAUUGAUGAAGAAAUAGAGUCAAAUUCCAAACGAAAAUCCGUCGAAGAGAAAGACGGCGAUCAAGUAUCAAAAAAACCAAAAAUGACUGAUGAAAAAACUAGUGAUGAAGAUUCUGAAAAUCAAACAACUUCAGAAAAACGACUGACAAAUUUGAGAAGAAAUAUUCGCGAGGUAAUGGACGAAAACAAGUUAGAUGAAGCAACCUUGGCCGCUCAGAGACAAGAAAUGGAAAGAUUAAGACGUGUGCAAGAACAACAACGUCUAAUUAGAGAAGUACAAAAACAGAUAGCAAUAAAUAAACAAAAUUCAAAAGCUCAAGAUCGGGUGAUGUCUUUACUCCAAGGUGGUACCACGUCUUUAAUUAAAAAGAGUUCUGUGCCUAGUGACUCGUCAGUACCAAAACCUAAUACAAUUGUCAUCUCUACCGAUUCUGGAUCAUCUCAAGGUUUUAAUAAAAAGAUGUUAGAAAUAUUAAAAAGCCAUCCAGACUCGCCCGAACAAAGUAGUGGACCUGAUAAAAUAUCAUCAAUAGCUUCUAAGCUUGCAGAAGCUAAUGAACCUCAUAUGGUCACGUCGUCUGUUUCAAUCGCACCCAUAAAAGCUGCUAAAGUGGCCGAAGUAGUUACAAUUAGCAGCGAGAGCGAUGAAGUAGAACCUGAACGACCUCAAAGUUCGGAUGAUGAUUGCAUAUUGAUAUCCGGAGAUGAAGAAGAAGAAGAAUUGCCAGAUGACGAUGCUAACAAUAGUGGUAUGCACACUAAUGAUGCAUACAAUCAACCCGAUGAAUAUGGACGAGUUUUGGUGAAUGUCGGUCAUCCUGAUAACGAACCCGAUGUUUUCUUAGCCCCACAAAUAGCUCGUGUCAUAAAACCUCAUCAAGUCGGAGGCGUAAGAUUCUUGUACGAUAACGUAGUUGAAUCUCUUGAAAGGUUUAAAUCAUCGGCUGGUUUUGGAUGUAUCCUAGCCCAUUCGAUGGGAUUAGGCAAAACACUUCAGGUCGUUUCCUUUUGUGAUGUUUUUUUAAGGCACACUCCGGCAAAACAUGUUCUAUGUAUUAUGCCUAUUAAUACGUUACAAAAUUGGUUGGCCGAAUUCAAUAUGUGGCUACCCUUACCUGACGAAACAAAAAAUUCGCCCUCUGAAAAUGUGGUAAAAAAAGAGGAAGUCAUCCAUAGGUCGUUCCCACUGUUUGUGCUAAACGAUUUUCAUAAAACAAUAUCGGCAAGAGGAAAAGUCAUUCAAAGUUGGCAGAAUGAAGGCGGCGUACUACUUAUGGGCUACGAACUCUAUAGACAAUUGACUUCGAGAAAACCGAGGAAAAAGAGAAACAAAAAACAGAUGGACGACGAUUUUUUUGAUGAAAAAAACAAACCUUUACUCGACGAAAUGAGAGAAGCAUUGGUGAAACCGGGUCCCGAUUUAGUGAUAUGUGACGAGGGUCACCGGAUAAAAAACAGUCAUGCUUCAACUUCGCAAUCGCUUAAGGAAAUCGAAAGUCGUCGACGUAUCGUUUUGACUGGAUACCCGCUGCAGAACAACCUACUAGAAUAUUGGUGUAUGGUAGAUUUUGUUCGUCCAAACUAUUUAGGAACGAAAACCGAAUUCAGUAAUAUGUUUGAGAGGCCGAUCCAGAAUGGUCAGUGUAUCGAUAGUACGCCUCAAGAUAUACGAUUGAUGAGAUACAGAGCACACGUUUUGCAUUCCCUUUUGGAAGGUUUUGUUCAAAGAAGAAGUCAUUCUGUUCUCGAGAAAACGUUGCCUCAAAAAGAGGAAUAUGUUCUGCUCGUACGCUUAACACCUCUGCAACGACUAUUGUAUGAUCGUUUCAUGAACGAAGUUGUCAGGAAAAAAGCUGUUCCCAAUCCGUUAAAAGCGUUUGCUGUAUGCUGUAAAAUUUGGAAUCAUCCCGACAUCCUCUACUUUUUCCUGAAGAAACGAUCAUUGGACGAAGCCGAAAUCGAUUUAGAUCUCGAAGAAGCCGGUACACCUCUGGGAACUCCUUUAGGACCUACUCCGGUUACGUCUCCUUCUGCCGCUUCAAAAAGAUCUAGAAAUCGGUGGCCCAAAGGUGGAGGAGUGAAUCCAAAUUCCAAAGAGUUAAAGGCCAAUUCUAAUCGAAAGAAUUUAAACAAAGACUUAAGGAUACCAGCCGUAGCGACAGUAAUGCCAAACACGAGUAGCAAUCAAACAAUCUCCCCGACAAUUCAAAAUCGUAAUUCUUCUUCAGUUCCUGCUCAUUCAGUACAACCGAAUAAUCAGUUCGACGAAUAUUCAUCUCAAUCUCAACCUCAAUACGGAAUCACAGAUGAUUUUCCCAACCAAAAUUUUAAUAGUUAUAAUAAUCAAAACUCGUUUUGGAAAGAAGGAGGAGGGGGCGACUUCUUUAGAGGUAACCCGGAGUAUUACCAACAAGGUCGUGGUUCAGAUAAAAAACCACAAUAUCAAUAUCCCCAAGAUCCUACGCUCGAAGAAGGCGAAAUUCGAUUAGACAAGAAUGAAUCUGGUUAUCAGACGUACGAAGACAACAACUUUAGAGCAACUAAUGAUCAGGGUCUUUAUCAAAAUCAAACGUUCAACCAAGACACAUCUCAUAGUCGACAACCUGAACUACGCGUACAGAACCAAGGAUUUUCACAAGACAUGCAUAAGAUGAAUCAAAGUCGGUUUUUGAAUCAAACAGCAAAUAACGAAACAACGUCGUCUUUCCAAGGAGUACAUCAGAGGUUUCCGACGAUGCAGCCGAGCAACGCCGCCGCCGCCGAUCAAACGUUAAAAACCAAAGGUAAAAGCGUACGUAGUCGUAAACCCUCGACUAACAAGCGCGUUCCGAAAAACCAAACAAUACAGGUGAUGACUGAAUCUGGAAAUUCCAUCGAAAACAACUGUGGAGAUAAUAUGAAUAAUUUAGGAAAUCAGCAAAUGUUUUCAAACGCCAAAGAACCGUUUAGGCAAGAAUUUCAGAGCCAAGACGGCGGCAGUCGUUCCAACAACAAUUUAGGUUUAUUAAUUAAUAAUCAAAACGUCACGACCGGUCCGUCUAUUCCUUUAGCGACUAAUAAUUGUGAUGCAAAAUUCAAAGCUUCUCAUAGUUCGUUAGAUAGUAAUAAUAAAGGAAUAUAUGAAAGCAAUUUAGUCAAACAAGUGAACAACGAAGUUUCUAGUUUUGGUAGUUUAUUCGACGGUAACAAUCAAAUGUUGUCGAACCGUCAAGAAACAAACAGGAAUAACCAGAGCGUUCAAAACAACACCAUGCAAUCGAACAUGAACGGUCAAGAUAUGAAUAACGUAAAUAACAGCAAUCAGUUAGGUGCACAAAACCUGAUGAUGAAUCAUCAAGCAAUUGAAAAUUCUAGAAUGAUUAAUAACAGUUCGUUACAAGGAAACUCGGCUGUGGGUAAUUCGGGAUUGUUAUCAAUGCACGACCAAAGUGAAAUAAAUUCGACAAAUAGUCAAAACUCUGGUCAGCAUCACAAUCAUCCGAUGGGUUUAUCGCACGAUCAAGAGAUGAUGAUGAGCCAUCAUAAUAUUUCAUUUGAACAAAAAUUCAUUAACACUCAGCAGCAACAACAACAACAACAACAACAAGAUAAGCAACUCCAGUACCAAAAUUCCGAGAAUUCAUUAUUAAAUCAUGAGACAACGUUGCCAGUUAACGAAAGAUUUAUGAAUUCGUCAAAUUCGAGCCAUAACUACAACAAUUUCAAUAUUUUAGAAUCUAAUCAGAAUCACAAUUAUGGAAACAUGUUACCCGAUCAACAGUUUCAGAGUCAAAAUAUUUUGAGCGAUCAAAUGUUGCACGAUCAAGAAAUGUUACUGGCAAACGAUCAGGCCAUGUUGAGCGUUCUUAAUUCUACGACCGACGCUAACGAACAAGCAUUGUUAUAUAACGCCAUGGUUGGUCAAUCUGAUGGACAGAGUCUGCUUGGUCUAUUGGAUGCUCCCAAUAUAAUGAACGAUCAAAUUAAUGAUUAUCAGCAACCUGUUUAUGGCCCGUUGCCGCCAAACGUCAAACCCGGCUUACCCGGAGGCAUGAAAAAUGAUCCUGAAAACAAUCAAUAUUACAGGGAUCCAAAACUACCACUUAACGUCGGAAGAGGAGUGACCAUAAUGCCGUUGGGCCAAAGCUCAAACGACGUUAAAAUGUAUCCAGAUCAAAAUCGUUAUAAUAUUCCAAAAACACCGGAUACGUCUUAUCAACGAUACACUAAUUAUUCACCCAUGUAUCCGUACGCUUCGAGUUCAAGCACUCCGUUGGGUAGCAUAUCGGACAUAUUGGACAAUAUUCCCGGGCCGGAGCGUUCCUACCAGCCCGCAGAUCGUAAAAUUACGGCCCCUUGCACAGUGACAAGCCAAGACGUCAAUAAUCCUUUGCCCCCUUUUCAUUCACUGGACAACAAACCCAAGUACGAUUACAGUGAAAGCAGUUCAAAUGUGGACAUAGAUCAAUCUAAAGACGAACACAUUCCUUCAUUUUCCAUGGACAACAAAGAAGGAAAAUCUUCAGAAGACAGCACAGAACCCCCAAGAGUACCAACAUUGUUGGAAGAAGGAGAGAUAAGAAAUCCUUCUUUAAUAAUGAAAAGUGGCAAGGAAGAACCCGGAAUACCUUACGAUUGGGCCGUUGAGCUCUUCAAAGAUUACAUACCUGGAAUGAUUGAAGCAUCGGCUAAAAUGUCAUUAUUGUUUGCAAUCGUUGAAGAAUCCAUUAAAAUCGGAGACCGCGUUUUAUUGUUUAGCCAAUCGUUGUUUACGUUGGAUUUGAUUGAAGAAUUUUUACAACGUAACAAAAUUCCAGGAACAGAUGAAAACUGGUGUAGAAAUUGUGAUUACUAUCGUCUUGACGGAAGCACUUCUGCGUCCGAACGUGAAAAAUUGAUAAACGACUUUAACAGAUGUACUACUGUCCAUUUGUUUUUGGUAUCAACUCGAGCGGGCUCAUUAGGUAUCAAUCUUGUUGGAGCAAACAGAGUUAUAGUUUUUGACGCAUCGUGGAACCCAUGUCAUGAUACACAAGCCGUCUGUCGAGUGUAUCGUUAUGGCCAGAAGAAACCCUGCUAUGUAUACCGACUCGUGACGGAUAACUGUUUAGAAAAGAAAAUUUACGACAGACAAAUUAACAAGCAAGUAAUGGCCGACCGUGUUGUCGAUGAAUGCAAUCCAGAUGCUCAUUUAUCCAUUAAAGAAGUAACUAAUUUGUGUUGGGACGACGGAGAGUCAAAACCGACCAAGGACUUUUCAUCGCUCAAAGACAAUUAUGAUGAUGUAGUGAUCAAAUAUAUUGUUGAAAAUCUCAGCUCUGUUCUCACAAAGGAACCAUUUCAACACGAGUCGUUAUUUGUGGACCGAAAAGAUAAAAAACUAUCUCAGGCUGAAAAAAGACUGGCCAAGAGAAGUUAUGAAAUGGAGAAAAAAGCAAAUAGCCGACCAAUGUAUUCUUACUACGGCCAAAAUACAAAUUCAUCAUUAUACAGAAAUCAAAUGGGCAAACCUAUGGCCAGCGUACGUCCCAUGCAAUCUAUGUCCAACACGUCUGCAAUGAUGGCCAGUAGAAACGCUUUGAACCGAAGGUGGAUUCCGGCCGAAGUUUGGCAGAAACAAGGAAUGACUGCUCAAGAAAUGACAUUACCAUUGGAUGUGGUAAUUCCGACAAAUGCUGGCGAUAGAGGAUCGAUUGUUUUAAAAGCCGGACAAAAAGUCAUGGUACUGAAAAGCCCCAAAGGUAUUUACAUGCAAUUGGAAUCUGGAAAAAUCAUCGCUAUCCGAACGUCGGGCAACAAUAAACCUAACAGCCCUGCUCUUCCCGGCCAAUCCUUUUCACAACCACAACCAUCCGCCACUCAACAACAAACGCCCACGGUGCCGCCUUACAUAGUUAGGUCUCAUUCACUUGACAGUAGUUACAACGCGGCUAGCAAAAACGACCAUUCCGUUCAGCAAUUGAGGAACCGGUCGACCCUGUUGAGAAACAACCCUAGUAUAUCGAUAACGCCAAAACAUACGACGCCAUUGCCGAGGCCCGUACAACAACCUCCUUACAUGGCCGCUAAUUCGCAUCAUGUACCAUCGGGAUCGUCUUCAAUGUCGUCUAUGCAACAGCAACAACCAAAAUUGCCUUCUUCGAUAACAGUCACAAAGUACGAUCCGUUUUCCAACGUUCAGAAACCGUCCGAAAUAGUAGGCAUGCAAUCCGAAUCGGCUGGAUCGAGUUACAACCCAAGACAACCAUCUGAGUAUCCUAGUAGGCCGAUCGAUCGGUACGCACCGAACAAUAGAGUUGGCUACGCCUCGUCUGGUAGGUUACCUUUGCCCACGUACCCGACAAAUAAUUAUCCACCGCAACAUCCGUCGGCCCCACCCUAUCACCGACCUCCAUAAUUUCAAUUAUUAUAGUUAAGAACAAAACUAUGUAUAUUUAUCGUGUUAUGACUUAAAUUGUACAUUUUGAGAAAAAAAAAUGUAAUUAAAUCUCACCUUAUGUAAUUUGGUGUAAACGUCGUCUCUUAUUAAAUUUUAUCGGUUUUUUUUUUUAACUGAAAAAAUCUUGAGAUAAACAUGUCAGUAUUUCACAAUAGUUUUAAAAAAAAAAUACUACUAUCAAGCUUUAUAACUUGCAUGUU